AUGACAGAAGCCGCCGAAGACGUCUCCAAAGCAAUGGAGGACAACAACAACAAUGGUACAAUCAAAUCUAAGGAUGAAAAGGAGGACAAAAACAACAACAACAAUGGUGGUACAUUCAAAUCUAAUGAUGGAAAAGAGGAGAGUAAUAACAAUGGUGGUGGUGCAAUCAAAUCUAAUGAUCAUCGUCCUCCUCAGGACAGUAAUCUCCUGAAUCAGAACCAGAACCAGAGGAAGAACAACAGGAUUCAAGUCUCCAAUACCAAGAAGCCUCUCUUUUUCUACCUUAAUCUUGCCAAGAGAUAUCUUAAGCAACAUGAUGAGGUUGAGCUUUCUGCCUUGGGAAUGGCAAUUCCUACCGUGGUUAUAAUUGCUGAGAUUUUGAAGAGAAAUGGAAUUGCGACGGACCAAAAGGUUAUGAUCUCAACAGUGGGCAACAAUGAUGAAUCAAAUGGACGCUUUGUAAGAAAGGCUAGGAUAGAGAUCAUACUGGAGAAGACCAAGAAUACAGCAGCAACCAAUCAAAUGUUGAGCGGAAAUUCGAAAUAG